AUGAAUACAUUUGGUUCAGAAAUAUGCAGUAGUGGGUGCGAGUCGGGUUGGACUCUAUACCUGGAGCACUCUUUCUUUAACCAGAAUGCUUCAUCACAUAGAGGUGGAACUGAAGCGUGUUUUGAGGUGGAACACAUGGACAAAAGAUUCAAAGAUGAGGACUCUGGGGAGGAGGAUUUGUCCAUGGUUUCUGAUGCUUCUUCUGGACCUCCUCAUUUUCCACACUAUGAGUCUUACUUGAAUGAAGAUGUUAGUGGCUGCUUCCAUCCAGCUUCCAAGGCAGUGAAGCCGGUCAAGAGUGGUAAAAAGAAGCAGAAAGUUAAGGAAAAUCAACACCUUGAAGAUCAACAUCUGACUUCUGUUCUUCAUGACACUGCUAGCUCUCCUGUCUUCGACUUUUCCACUAACAAUGCUACAAGGGACAACCGACAAACAUCUGUAGGGAGCGUGGUUGAUUAUUCACAAGGUUUUUCUGCAACUUAUUUUGAGAACCAUUUAUAUUCUUGCAGGGAAGAUCUUCAUUCCAAGAAGAACACUUUGGUUUCUUACAAUCAGAAAAUAAACUCAAAGGCAACAAAUGGUAUGGAGGGAAAGGCAUGGGAACAAGGGAUGGGCAAUGAGGAAGUUGAAGAAAGAAGAGGAGGAAAUAUGAAAGUUGAUGUUGGAGUAUUUAGUGUGUCACUCUUUAAAUCUCUUCUAAGGUCUGGAGAUCCUGCCUGUGAUCUUCCUGACCCAAAUGAACAUGCCCCAUUUUGUAUAGUUUGUCAACUUUAUCUCUUUUGGAAGGAUCCUCUUUUAAAAUAUGAUAUGUGA